CGUCUUACCGUCAAACUACACAUCACCUCAGCAGAAAUGAGGGAAAAAAAGAAAAGAGCACACCUGUAGCUCGAGUCAGUCUUGGGAGAAACGUUACAAAGCAAACAACUUAAAACGGUUGCGCUUAAAAAAGACACAUUUUUGCUGUGAAACUUAGAGCGAUGAGAAAAAAUGUAUAACAACAAAAGAAAAAAUAAAUUUUCUUGAAUGAAGCAAAGAAAAAAAAAAAUAAAAGAAUAUAACACACAGAACAAAUAAAGCGCAGUUUUAGCUCGGGCAGUGUUGAUUUAAUACACAGAAAUAUACACAAGGGGAAGAAGAAAUAGUGCAACCUACUUGUAAUUUAAUGUUUAUAAUAAAAGGCAUUUGGAAAUAAAUCCGAAACAAAACAAAACGCUAUAAGUAACGUAAUCCCAAAGAAAACAUUAAUUAAUAACACAUGCGCCAAACAACAUUUGAAUUUUACACAUUUAAAUCGAAAACGAAAUCCACAAACGUUUGAUAAUUAUCCGCAGCAUCGUACUACUCUACGCAGAAACCAUUAACUCAGUGAAACGAUCAGCAUAAGCAAACCCGUUGACCCAGAAACCCAACAACGUUUUCGCUUAAAUGUUUAACACAAUGCGGGAGGAUGACAUAGAGUUCGCCAUCAAAGUGGUCAUUGUGGGCAAUGGAGGUGUGGGCAAAUCCUCAAUGAUUCAGCGCUAUUGCAAAGGUAUUUUCACCAAGGACUACAAAAAGACCAUUGGCGUGGAUUUUCUUGAGAGACAAAUCGAAAUCGAUGGCGAGGAUGUGCGUAUUAUGCUGUGGGAUACCGCAGGCCAGGAGGAAUUCGAUGCCAUCACCAAGGCCUAUUAUCGUGGUGCUCAGGCCUGUGUUUUGACCUUUUCCACAACGGAUCGUGCCUCCUUUGAGGCCGUACGUGAAUGGAAGCGCAAAGUGGAAAAUGAAUGCCAGGAAAUACCCACGGUGAUUGUACAGAAUAAAAUCGAUUUAAUCGAUCAGGCCGUUGUGACGGCCGAUGAAGUUGAGUCACUGGCCCAGCAGCUCAAUUGCCGUCUUAUAAGGACAUCGGUGAAGGAAGAUGUGAAUGUGGCCUCGGUAUUUCGCUAUUUGGCCACAAAGUGUCAUCAGCUAAGUCAGGCGUCCUAUAUGGAACAAAAUCAGCUGGCCCCAGCGAAUGGCGGUGGCCUUGGCUCAUCAUAUAAUCAUGAUAGCCAUAAGACCAUUAGUGCGUUUAGUCCCACAUACACGAAAUCGAAGACCACGGCAGGCACCAUCAAGCUGCAGAAGAGUUCAACGGCACGAAAGCGUAAAAUAAUAUUAAAAAAAUGUGGCAUAGUAUGAAGCAGGCAGCGAGACAACUGGCCCCAGCCUGGACAGCCGCCAACAACAAGUAAUGUAACUCCAUAUCAAACAAGCACAUGCCACAUGUACUUUUAUCACCACCACCACCACCACCACCACAACAUCAGGCAAUGCCUUUUGAUGAGAGUAGCCAAAACGAACCGAAACUGAUUUCAUUAAAUUCACAUUAAAACAACAACCAACAUUGAUGAUUAAUCAACGGCGCAAACACCUUUUUUAUCAAAAAAAAAAAAAAAAAUAACUGGAGCAUAGUCAACACCUAAAUCAAAAAUUAAAGAAACCACAUAUUUUUGUUGUUAAUUAUAAGCAAAAACCCACAUCCCCGGCUUAUUAUUCAUUCGAUAGAUAAGAGAUGGUUAUUUUCUGCUUUGGAUCGAAAUCAUAAUUGUUCUACUUAGCGUUUGAUAGAAUGAAUACAUCCAUCCCUUGGUCGGCCUUAUUAAUUAAUACUCUGUGAACGAACUAAGCUAUGAUUUAUGAAAUACUCUCUUACUUGUACUAACAUGCAUACAUACAUACAUACAUACAUAUAUAUGUACUUGGUUUACUCGGAGACUGAUACCAUAUACUAUUAUAACAACUGUAACUAAUUCCUUAAA